AGCUUGGGCAUCACAGGCGCGUACUUUUUGCGCAUGUUAAGGCGCUGAUUCGGAACUCCGGAGAAUGCGCAAAACUUACGCGUUUACGAUGUUCCAAUUUUCUGUCUAGGUAGUUUACUCGGGGUUUGAGACACAGCCAAUAUUUCAACAUUUGGUUUCAGCCACAAACCUAAAGACAAACAAGCCAACUUUCGCUUCGCUCGGAUCGCAUACAUUUGAUACCAUCAGUAAUUGGUUUCCCGACAACUGCAAUCGGCUUUAAAAGGAAAUCUGGCACUUUUCAAAAAUGGGAUCUUCUUACGUAGGCGGCUGCGAACUUCUCUUGAACUUCUCACGAGAUUGAACUUUGGAUGAGAGACAAUUUAAAGGGAACCAAGACGACCAGAAAGGACAAAACAUGGUAAUAUGUGGCAGACGUAGUCGGUCCAAGUUCAUUCUGUGCGUUCUCGGAGCGUUUGUUGCGGGAUAUUUAAUAUUUCCUAAGGACACUCAGAGUGAUGUCGGGCUGGCGAGUCGAAGAGAAGUACCAGUCGUGGAGCGCAGCAAUGUGGACGAGGAGUUUUUAAAGAGACCUGUUUAUGAGAAGCCUCCUCUGGAUAUGAAUGCAUUGGGGGAGAUGGGCAGAGCUGUCAAACUGGACUUGACCGAUGAGGAGAAGCGAGAGCAGGAAGAGAGCAUCAAAAAACAUCAAAUAAACACUUAUGUCAGCGAUAAAAUAUCACUACACCGCAGACUGCCUGAAAGAUGGAACCCACUAUGUAAAACCCUAAAAUAUGACUACCUGAGCUUGCCCACAACCUCAGUAGUGAUAGCCUUCUACAAUGAAGCGUGGUCUACACUCCUGCGGACAGUGCACAGUGUCCUGGAGACCUCGCCUGACCUGCUGCUCACAGAAGUGAUCCUGGUGGAUGACUACAGUGACAGAGAUCAUUUAAAAGAGCCUCUUGAGCGCUACAUUGCCAAUCUCAAAAAGGUGCGUCUGAUCCGAGCGAGGAAGAGAGAGGGUUUGGUGAGAGCGCGGCUCCUGGGGGCGUCCAUUGCCACAGGAGAAGUGCUGACCUUCCUGGACUGCCACUGUGAGAGUCAUGAGGGCUGGUUAGAGCCAUUACUCCAAAGAAUAAAGAAGGAGCCCUCUGCUGUGGUGUGUCCAGUUAUUGACGUUAUUGACUGGAACACCUUUCAAUACCUGGGCAACCCUGGAGAACCGCAGAUCGGAGGAUUUGAUUGGCGAUUGGUGUUUACGUGGCAUGCUGUCCCAGAACAUGAACAGAAACGCAGAAGUGCCGCCACUGAUGUUAUUAGGUCUCCUACAAUGGCUGGUGGUUUAUUUGCAGUCAAUAAGAAGUACUUCCAUUACCUGGGCACAUAUGACACAGGAAUGGAGGUUUGGGGUGGAGAGAACCUGGAGUUUUCAUUCAGAAUCUGGCAGUGUGGAGGGAGUCUGGAGAUCCACCCUUGCUCGCAUGUGGGUCAUGUCUUCCCGAAGAAAGCGCCAUACUCGAGAAGCAAGGCUUUGUCCAACAGCGUGCGGGCAGCAGAAGUCUGGAUGGAUGUAUACAAAGACAUGUAUUACCAUCGCAACCCCCUUGCCCGUCUGGAGGCAUAUGGUGAUGUGACAGACAGACGGAAACUCAGAAUGCGUCUUGGCUGUAAGGACUUUAAAUGGUACUUGGACAACAUCUAUCCUGACAUUCAAGUCCCGGAAGACAGGCCUGGCAUGUAUGGGAUGCUGAAGAAUAAAGGAAGGGCCAACUACUGCUUUGACUACAACCCUCCUGAUGAUCGUAAUAUUGCUGGUCACAGGGUCAUUCUUUACCCAUGUCAUGGCAUGGGUCAUAACCAGUUCUUUGAGUACUCCACACUCCAAGAGAUCCGUUACAACACUAGGGAGCCUGCAGGCUGUAUCGUAGCUGAUCCCGUCUCAACCUUCCUUACAAUGCAUCACUGCAGUAAGCCCAGGGAAGCUGUGCCUGAAGACCAGAAGUUUGAGUUCAGAGAGGAUGGCACUUUCUAUCACAUUCAGACUCAGCAGUGUGUUGAGGCAGUGGACCAGACUGACACCGGCAGCCCUGGCCCCGCUCUCCGACCCUGCUCCGGCUCUGCCUACCAGAAGUGGUUCUUUGAAGAGAGAACAUAGCAGCGCUUCUCUACACCUUUCGCUUGCCCUCGAGAUAGAAAGGGCAUUUAAUAUGGGCAGCUUUGACCAGCUCCCAGCAGUUUAUUGACCAUUCCACUCUCUUUCUGCUAAGGUUUCAUAGUGCCUUCCUGGUAUAUGACUUGUACAGCACAGGCUGUAUAGAUAAGAUCUAACACCAUCAUACAGUUCAUUGCAGUAAAUUGAAAGAAUAGUUCACCCAAAAAAUGAAAAUUCUGUCAAUAGUAACUCACCCUCAACCAUAUGACUUUUUUUCUUCUGUGGAAAAGGAGAUGCUAUGCAGAAUGGCCGCUGAUGUCAGAAUUUUCACUUUUGGCUAAACAAUCACUUUAACGUUUAGAUUAUUUUAAAAGGUUUUUUAGUGAAUUGAAAUUAGUCUUAUCCCUUUCUUAGUCAUUUUUAAUGUGUCAUUUUAGGAACACUGUUUAACAGCUCAUUGUAACCUCUAGGUCUUUAGUCUUUCAGAAUAGACGAUCACUAUCCUUCCACAAGUUGGUACUUUAAUCACUCAGUGCUGCCAGCUCCAUCUGCUGGUGUCUUACCCCUUCCUCCUAUUCUGUAGCUUCUGUUUAUUAUUUUUCCCUUGACCAUAUCUAGUUUUUCUUAAGUGACUAGUAUUUUUAAAAACUCCAAUUCUGUGAUCUGACACUGGCAGUGGCACUCCUGCCCUUCUUUUUCCCACCACUAGAUGGUGCCAAGUCCUCCGUUUUACUUAAUGUCCUGCGGCGUCCUCCGUGUUCUAACACCAGCUCAUAUUUACAUGGAUGUAAUUUUAUCAGCUCACUAUGCAGUGAUUCAGAUGCUGGUUUCAAUACCCAAACAGAGCUGAAAAAUAGAAAAAUGAUUUUUACUGAUAUCUAAAAGGUAGCCUACCUCUUUUAGUCAUUCUCCUGCUGACAAGAACAUAGAACAUGGAUUGUCAAUCAUUUGAGGGGAAUAAAGCAGAGGAGUAGAGGUCACAGCAAAUACUAGAUUGUGGUUGCCAAAUUGCAGUGAUUUCACUCUAUAUUCUCCUUCAAUUAUAGAGAAGCAAUGCUGAAUAGUCAGUUAGGAGUAUGUGAAUAUAAACCUCUUUAAAUUCUGACCAUCUACAGGUCAGUAUCCUAUGCUCGCUGAAUGAUCAUUUCUUUUGGGCUAAUGUCAGUCAUCAUGAAUUUGUUUGAUUAACUUAUCUCACAUUUAUUUAUUACUGCAGUAAAUGCUGGAGUCCCUAUGCAUUGAAGAACAGCGAAUCACUAAAAUGUUUUAAGUGCCUUAUCGUGUGUUCAGAGGAGCACACGUCUCCUGAAGUAUAAGAGGAACUUUUGCUUGUUGACCUUGUUCUGAUGAGGUUUAUGUAGUUUUGUCAUUUGCUAACUUUUUGAUUAAUGUAUUAACAUGGACCCAUAAGGUGAUGGGAACAAUGAACAUUGACAUGGGGCAAAUUUGUUUACUUCUUCCUUUGACCAACAAGUGAUUUCUAUGAGAGAUUGUGACUUGGACUCAAUACUGGACAGAUGAUUCCAGGGCCUUCACAGAUAAACCGAUGAUUCAUACAUUGAUUAUCUUCAGAUAUAAGUGGGAACCAAUUGUGUUUGCACUGGAAGGCUUUUCCUUGUUAGUCAAAGCCUCAAUAUGAUUAUCAAUGGAUUGGCUUGAAAAGGUCAAAUCAAAUGACAACAGUCAUGAUUGUGUAUGAAUGACCAAGAGUCCCAUUGUGUUGCACUUAACAUUAAGAUCAGUCAUUUGGUAAUUCCAUCUUGAAAUUGAAGUAUAAAACACAAACUGUAUUGUACAAACUGUACUGUAAUUGUUUUCUAAAGGUUAUGGAGUACUGGAGACACAUUUUCAUAUUAUGCUGGUCACAUUGACGGUGAGUUUGCACUUAAAUGGUUUAAUUACAUUUAGUUUGGUGUAUUUUUUUUCCCUCAAAACCAUAUGCUGGAAGGAAAAUUCAGGUAAAUAUGCUGUUAUACAAGUGACCUUAACAUAUCAGAAAUGAAGGAAAUUAUUUUUUUACUCUAAAUUCAUUAACUAUGUUUAAUAAAAUAUGUGUUUCAUAACUCAAUAUGCGCAACUGAAAUGAAAAAUUCAUCAACCUAAAAAUUUAAUUCAUGUUCAAGUUUUUACACUUUCAAAUAAAGCCACUGAAUAACA